AUGGAGCAGAGGGCAAGACUUGAGCAGAAAGAGUGAGUCCUAUUAGCAUUAGCUAGGGCCCACACUAGCAUACUGGGGACUAAAGUUGAGAUAGAGAGAAUAGAAAGAGGGGGAUAGAGCGAUAGAGGAGGGGAUGGGGUGGGGUGGAGGGGGCAGGCAUACAGGCCUCCAUUCAAUUAACAUCUCAUUAUGUUGCCAUGGCAGCCAACCUUUAAACAGCGCUAAACUUUCCUAUAGAGCCCAGAAGGCUGUCACUUCUACUACACACACACACAUACACACACACGCACACAUACACAAAAGAGGGGGAGACCUGUCGGGCUUGGUUUGUUUUUGCCACACACCAGCACAUGCCUCCCUCACUGAACUGACAACCACCUGUCUCUACCUCUCUGCACGCAUCAGCGAGUGUGUGUGUGUGUGUGUGUGUGUGUGUGUGUGUGUGUGUGUGUGUGUGUGUGUGUGUGUGUGUGUGUGUGUGUGUGCGUGCGUGCGUGCGUGCGUGCGUGCGUGCGUGCGUGCGUGCGUAUGUGUGUGAUGUGUUUUAGCAGGAAGGCCAAGGUCUGGGUUUAUCUUUUUCAGGAGGGGUAUGUGUGGGCCGCUGUACGCCUGAUGAAGACAGACUUAAUGUAUCUUUGUGGGCCUCAUACUGGACAAGCUCUCGUCUUUGACUCCCCCUGCAUGAUUCAUGUCUCUAACCAACUCAGACAGAGUGCUAACAGACAACCUACUGCCACAGACUGUCCAAUGCCAUAGACAGCAGGGCUCAAAACUGCCACCAAAACACUCGCAUUUGUGACUCUUUGACUUGCCAGUGCGACACCAAUUCUUUCUUGAUCGCUAGGGUGGAAGUGAAACAAAUGUAUCUGGUCACAUUAGUUUUUGGUUCAAAAUUAUUUUGAAUUUUUUUUUAUUAUCAAGAUUUAUUUAAACAGUAUAUCCUGAUGCUUAGUCACCUUACCCCUAUGCAUAUCUACCUCCAGUGAUCCAGUAUCCCUGCACAUUGUAAAUAUGGUACUGGAACUGACCCUGUAUAUAGUAUGCUUACUUACUUUAUCGUGUUCUUCUUAUUUUUAUGUCUCGUGUGUUUUUGUUCUACCUUGUUAUUUUUAGUAUUACAUUGUUAUUGAUUACUGCAUUGUUGGGGUUAGAGCUUGCAAGAAAGGCAUUUCACUGUACUUGUGCAUGUGACAUUAAAACUUGAAACUUGAAAUGGGUAGCGUUUUCAAAAACAUUGGUCUGAAGUCUUGGUUGAAUCUUUGCAAUGUGCAAUUUAGUCAUCAUGCGCUGUUUAAUAAACAUUUCUAAAGGCUUUUCCAAAAAACCUUCCCAAUUAAAUGAUGACUAAAAAGCAGGCCUACCAUGAUGAUUUGUAUCAAUCAAAAUUUGUAUAAACUCUGCCAUUACAGAGUUGAAGUUUUCCCUGGGCUCUGAAGAGAACUCAACCAUCAGCCCAAGACUGAAACUAUUUAUCAUAACGUGUGUCAAUGUAUCAGUGAGGUAUUUCUAUUUUUGUGUAUAAAACUGUACCAUUUAAAUGGUUUCGUAGAACUCUAGAGAAGCUUUAUAGGUCUUCUUAUUCGUCAUUGUCAGUAUUUCUUUUUUUAGGGCAGUGACAAUCGGGUUGUCAAAAAAUGUGGACUCUCGCAUCCUUACUCCUCCUCACUCCAGUAACGUUCCACGCUGUCUUCUUUACUCUCUCUCUCUCUCUCUCUCUCUCUCUCUCUCUCUCUCUCUCUCUCUCUCUCUCUCUCUCUCUCUCUCUCUCUCUCUCUCUCUCUCUCUCUCUCCUGUCUAUCCAGAAGAGGGAAGUGGAAACACAAACAGGCUGAGUCUGCCUGGUGCUUUUCUCUCUGUCUGCUCUUCUCCUUCCCUUUUUUUCCUUCUCCUCUCCUACCAUCUCCUUCCCCCUUCCCUUCUUCAUCCACUCUUUUCUCAUCUUCCCGUCAUCCAUUUUCUCGUUCUUCUCCUCUCAUCCACUCCUUUCCUCUUAACCCCUAUCCUCUUUUCCUCUCACCCCCUCACUCCUCCUCUUAUUCCCCCUAUUCAUCUCCUCUCCUCUGUGGAUAUAUCUGCCCUGUGCUCCUCAGGAGCCAGCCUGUGUGUGUCUGUAGAGCUCCACCACUGUCCUCUAGUGGUGAAGACACUGAGCAGCAGCCAGAGAAAAAACCCACAUACACAGAAGCCUCACCUCUCUCUCUCUCUCUCUCUUCUCGCUGUCUCCUCUGUUCUUUCCAGGAUGUCUCUGCACAAGUCCAGCUCUGAAGAUGGAGGUUAGUAGCAAUUCAACUUUUACAAAAAAGUACUUCUGUUUUCUGUUACUGUUUCCAGCUUCCCAGCAGGGUUGGAGUCAAUUAAAUGUAAAUGAAUGAAUAAAUCAACUAAAACUCUAUUUAUACAUUGACCAUACCCCAUUAUGUUCUGUUGUGAUAUUCAAACAUUGAUGAUUGGCUCUAACCCUGCUAGCUACAGCAGUUAGUUGCCAGUAUGUGUGUAAAGUGCAACUGCUUCUAUGUGUGUGUUAGCCCUCUGUCAGCCUUGGGAGCAGUGAGAGAAAGAGAGUGAGAGUGGGAGUGAGAGAUAAAGAGAGAGAAUGGUAGUGAAAGAGAGAGAGAGAGAGAAGGGAAGUGAGAGAGAGAGAGAACAGGGUAGUGAGAGAGAGAGAGAACAGGGUAGUGAGAGAGAGAGGACAGGGUAGUGAGAGAGAACAGAGUAGUGAGAAAGAGUGAGAGAAAGGUUUUAGUGCGAGGCCUUAUAAAAGCUACACAGAAAGUAAGUGAUACAGAGAAUCAGAAUAGGAACUGUGGUCGCUUGCUCUUCGUCUCUCUCUCUCUUCUCUCUAAUCAUCUCCCACAUCUCUGUCUAAAUCGUUUCUCUCUCUCUCUCCUCUCUCUCUCUCUCUCUUUCAAAAUGUGAAGGGGAUAGAGGGGUCAGGCACAGUCACGUGUAUGCACACAUGUGUAGACACACACUCCUUUACACUGUUUAUAAUGAUGGCCCUGUAAACAAAAUGGUAUGUCCCAUUGUGUUUCAGUCUUCAUCAGAGAAUCAUUCAAAACAUUGAGGCUAUUUUCCUUAUUUACGCAUCAACACUGGGUCCGUCUGAAGGAAGUGGGUGUGUCUUUUGAGUGUGUGUUCUAGCAUAUUCUGACUGAAGCUCUCUCCUCUCUGUUCCUCCUAGCUAAAUGGGACAAUAAGAAGAAGAACAAAUCCUUCUGGCAGAAUUUUCGCAAGACGUCGCAGAAGGGAGUCAUGCGGCAGAUGUCGAAAGGUAUGGCAUUAUAUAUUACGCUUUUUUGUACAGUGUGUUAUUUUCUUAGAAAUUACAUAGUGAAAUUAUAAUAUCAUAGUUAUUAUCUAAUAAUUACUAAUUUCGGCCCGUUUUUCAUGUUAUUCCAUAAUACUCGAUGUUAUGCCCCAGCUGUUUUAUUGACCCCUCAUUCUCUGACCGUCUAGGAGAGGACAUAGGCUAUGUGGCCAGUGAGAUCACCAUGAGUGACGAAGAGCGCAUCCAGCUGAUGAUGAUGGUGAAGGAGAAGAUGAUCACUGUUGAAGAGGCUUUAGCUCGGGUAGGAACCCCCUCACCCACCCGCUUCCCUGUACCCCCUACCCCCACUCCCCCCUCUCCUCUCCAGGCUCCUCCUGGGUCAUACAGACAGACACCCAUCCAGGGCCUGGAGGGGACCCCCACCCCACCCUACCCACAACUGACCCCAGCCCCAGCUCCCUCACUGCAACGUUGCCUCGACUGGCUCCAAGUCUACCCCCUCUCCUGCUUCAUCCCGCAAGCUCCAUAUCCAGCUUUUACUAAAAUGACUUACUCUAACUAACCAUUAACUGCGCUUUCAUUAUAACCCUGCACUGCCCUUUUUUUUGUUGACACAAACACACCCACACCGUCCGAAUCCCUAGCCAAGGAGGGCGCCUGGGGGUCACUCACGGUGUUUAUGUGUGGUCCUGUUCAUGCUGUAGGGGUAGUUGGACAUGUUAGCUCAGUAGCCCCCCCCCCCCCCCCCCCCCCGCUGGUGGGGUGGUUAGAGUGAUGCAUUCUGGAUUUGUUCUCUGGGUGAAUGUGGUGGCUGCAGUGUCAUUCAGUCGUCCCUCUUGUCUCCUCUUCUUUCUCCUUUCUGCUAUUCCUUUUCCUUUUUGUGUGUCAUAUUCUUCUACUUCUUCUCAUCUCUUCCUCUCUUUUUCCUCCUCUCCUCUCUUCCUCCCUCUCCCACUUUGUGGUAAUUUUAAAAGAGAGCAUGACUCAGGUGACUGCAGUCCUGUAGAGCUUUCCAAGGCAGACAUUGAUUUUCCUCCACCUCUUCCUGUAUCACUGGUGUAUUAUUGGGUGCUGGUCUGACCUCUACCCUCCUCCACUGACACUCAAACAAACCAAUCAGGUUCUGGAAUCGAUGAACAGCCUCUGUGGUAGGGACGGGCAUGGUUAUUCGAAUAUUAACAUUUCCGAACGGACGUUAGUAUUUGAUUAAUUGCAAGAGUAAUCAUUUUUGAAAGAAAAAACAUGUAGGCCUAUUAAUGAAAAGGCUUUGUCUAAAAUUAAAUGUAAUUAUUUGUGACAUUGCUACAUAUAAGAAUAGACCAUGACAUUAGACAUUUUUAGUGCGCACCAUAAAAAAGUAAUAUAAUAAUAUGCCAUUUAGCAGACGCUUUUAUCCAAAGCGACUUACAGUCAUGUGCGCAUAAUUUUUUUAAACAUAUGGGUGGUCCCGGGGAUGAAACCCACUACCCUAGCGUUACAAGCACCAUGCUCUACCAAUUGAGCUACAGAGGACCAGCCUUUACACAUUUCACAAGUGUAGCUUGUUAUUGUCGGUCAAUCAAAGCAGCACUACUGUCAGAGGCUCCUCCACGUGUAGCAAGUGAAGUGGGAGAUUUCUAAUCAAUGCAAAAUGGAAUUACAAUUACGGAAUGAAGUUGGCUAAAUGAGGUAGGCUGUUGUUUAAUAUGAAUGGAGUUGUUGUAGACAAGGACGUGGGGAGCGCAGCAAAAUAGCCUCAAUUGCCUUGCUAGCGAGCUGGCUAACUAACUUAGCUGGCUAAUGUAGCUAGCUAGCUUCUUUACAUCGAUUUAAUGCAGUCAAGACAGACACUACCAAAUUAGAUGAUACUGUAGAUAACCUAUCCGAGCAACAAGUGUGUCUAGUCGGUUUUUGUUACUUUCUCUGUCUCUCCCUCCAUGUCAGACACACCGGCCCCUGCUCCUCUCACGCCCCUCCCCACCUGUCUGUGCUGAAACAACAAGUAGUGCGCUGCCUCUCCUGAGUCGCUCGAAGUCCCCAUUGAAGUUGAAAAAAUUAUAUGAAUUUUCUUUAAAACACCUGUGUUUCGUCUAUCCGGAUAUCCGAUUAUGUUUUUAUGAUAUUAUUCGGAUAGUGAAAUCAUUUCAAAUGCCCAUCCCGACUCUGUGGACAGUUGUUUUGUCUUCUGACCGUGUAUGUUUGUGUCGCAGGGCCUCAUUUAUGUUGGCUUGUGACCUUUGUGUGGGUGUGUGUGUCUGUGUGUGUGUGUGUGAGAGCGUGUGUGAGUGUGUGUGUGUGUGGUGUCCUACGUUUGUGUAUUGGUGUUUGUUUGUGUAUGUGGAGGGGUAGCUGUUUCUAUAGUGAGAGUGGGCCAUCAUCCCCUGCCCUCCCUUCUCUCUAAACUAUUGUUCUCCUAUAGCUGAAGGAGUAUGAGAGCCACAGCAGACAGUCCAGCAGUACUGACACUGCAGAGUGGACUGACGGAUCCAGUCCCAAUCUUAACCAGUCCUCUAACUGCAACGUAAGUACCUCUCUGACCUCUGACCUUUGACUGACCUUUCACCUCUCGCCCCCGUGACCCUCAGGAUCAAAGCCCCACAAAGGAGCAGCCAUCUUUGUGUGUGUGUGUGCAUGUUACCUUGGAGUAUUUGUGUGUGUGGGAAUACGUGUAUAAGAUCAUUGGCAGUGACGUCCCUUCUCUAACUAACCUGGAUAUUAACUGAUGACAUAACCCCAGACAUACCGCAUCCCGCAUGUGUUGACACCCCAUUCUGUGUGUACACUGUAAAGGGGUUGCUCAGUGGCAACUACAUUUCUGUAUUUCAUAUUAAAGUACACCUACUGUAAUAUAAAAACGGUAUCAAAGCAAGUACUGUAUAAUGUCACACAGUACAAUACCAUAAAAUUGACUGUAUUAUACUAUAAAAAACUAAAUGCUACUGUAAUCAAAAUUAAAUAAUUAAAUUCUUUGAGGGGAGGGUUUUGUAUUUCACAGUAUGUUCCUGUAAUUACAAGGGAUUGGUGCAAGCAGGUUGGCUGCUUGGCGAAGUGUUCACACAUUACAGUGUAUUCAUUAAUAUUUGGUGUUUUAUAUCACUUGCCCUUCCAAAGGCUUCCAAACAGCGACUACAGGGCAAAACAGACCGAAAGGUCAUGGCAAAAUGCUCAACCAUUUAAGGUUUAAGACUUGCUGCCACUUCAAUAUUUCCCUUGUCCCAAAUUGAUGGUGCACUAUAACCACAUAAGCCUUAAAUUGGUACAGCAUUCUCACUACAACAAAUAUAGGCACGCUUCAAAAUAUGUUAAUGAGCCAGAAACAACAAUACCAUGCACAGGGUUUUCUUGAGGGCUGGGACCGCGGAUUUUCCCGGGUUUGUGGCUGUCUAGAUCCCUGCUGUUUGUUGUUUUCAAUCUUCCCUGUGACCUGCCCUGUUUGGAACUGUGAGGAGUAACAACGUAACCUACGUUGCUAGCUACCAUGACAAAGACCAAAGCCAGCGGGAGUACAGUUGUCGAGGACAGUGGUGUCUCUCUAUCACACGUGAAGGAUAUUUUAAACGAACAAAAAUAGUUACUACAAGCAGUUGUUACAACAACAAGAAAAUAGCUUCAAGUGCUUUGUCCAAAUAUUGGUGGAUUCGACUAAUAAAAGAAUGGACGACCUGACCAGAGAGGUCCAGGACCUAAAGAACAGUUUGCAGUUCUCCCAGGGUCAGCUCGAUGAGUUUAAACAGGAGAACGGCAAGAUUACAGCAAUCUGUAAGUAAUUGAGAGGGGACAUCAGUUUCUGUCUGUGAAUCCAUGACAACAAUGACGGGUAAAUCACGAGGGACAAUCAAGACGUAACAACAUGGUCGUGGACGGAAUUGCAGAAUCUCCACAUGAGACCUGGACGGAGUCUGAGGACAAAGUGAGGGAAAUUAUCUCUAAGAAAUUGAAGAUGGACCACAUGAAGAUUGAGGUAGAGCGCACCCACAGGACUGGAAAACCCACCACCGGCCCAGGUGACAGGCCCAGGCCGAUAGUGGUCAAGUUCCUGAGGUUCAAGGACAAGGUAGCUGUUCUGGAAAGAGCCAAGAACUUGAGAGGUAUAUUUUUCUCAACGAGGGCUAUCCUGAAGCAGUGCGCCAGAAGAGGAAAUAAUUUAUCCCAGCCAUGAAAGCUGCCAGAGCGCGUGGGGACAUUGCUUACAUCCGCUAUGACAGGCUCAUUGUCCACCCUCUUUCCCAGAAGCCUGGAAGGGAUGAGAGAGCCAAGCCUAUGGGUUCGUAGCUUCAACCCCACAGCACACACACACACACCAAUUGAUUAAUGGACUGCUGAGUGUAUAUUAUGGCUUUUCAAACUCUGCCAUAUCGUGGAUUCAGAGCUAUCUAUCUAAUAGAACUCAAAGAGUUUUCUUUAAUGGAAGCUUCUCUAAUUUCAAAUAUGGAAAGGGUGGUGUACCACAGGGCAGCUGUCUAGGCCCUCUACUCUUUUCUAUUUUUUACCAAUGACUUGCCACUGGCAUUAAACAAAGCAUGUGUGUCCAUGUAUGCUGAUGACUCAACCAUUUACGCAUCAGCAACAACAGCUAAUGAAGUCACUGAAACCCUUAACAAAGAGUCUGUUUUGGAAUGGGUGGCCACUAUUAAACUGGUCCUGAACAUCUCUAAAACUAAGAGCAUUUUAUUUGGUACAAAUCAUUCCCUAAGUUCUAGAUCUCAGCUGAAUCUGGCAAUGAAUGGUGUGGCUGUUGAACAAGUUGAGGAGACUAAAUUACUUGGUGUUACCUUAGAUUGUAAACUAUCAUGGUCAAAAGAUAUAGAUGCAAUGGUUGUAAAGAUGGGGAGAGGUCUGUCACCAUACUCCAAAAAGCCAGUUCUGCAGGCUCUAGUUAUGUCUAAUCUUGAUUAUUGUCCAGUCGUGUGGUCCAGUGAUGCAAGGAAAAACCUAGUUAAGCUGCAGCUGGCCCAAAACAGAGCGGCACGUCUUUCUCUUCAUUGUAAUCAGAGGGCUGAUAUAAAUACUAUGCAUGCCAGUCUCUCUUGGCUAAGAGUUGAGGAGAGACUGACUGCAUCACUUCUUAUUUUUAUAAGAAAUAUUAAUGUGUUGAAAAUCCCAAAUUGUUUGCAUAGUCAACUUACACACAGCUCUGACACACACACACUUACCCCACCAGACAUGCCACCAGGGGUCUUUUCACAGUCCCCAAAGCCAGAACAAAUUCAGUAAAGCGUACAGUAUUAUAUAGAGCCAUUAUUGCAUGGAACUCCGUUCCAUCUCAUAUUGCUCAAAUAAACAGAAAACCUGGUUUCAAAAAAGAUGAAGCAACACCUCACGGCACAACGCCUCUCCCCUAUUUGACCUAGCUGGUUUGUGUGUAUGUAUUGAUAUGUAGGCUACGUGUGCCUUUAAAAAAAAUGUAUGUAGUUCUGUCCUUGAGCUGUUCUUGUCUAUUAAUGUUCUGAUUAUGUAAUGUUUCAUGUUUUGUGUGGACCCCAGGAAAAGUAGCUUCUGCUUUUGCAACAGCUAAUGGGGAUCCUAAGAAAAUACCAAUACCACUAAAGUAUUGUCAAAAGGUUUUUGUCGUUCCAAAGAUACGGCACGGUACUGUAUUCUAUGGAGUGGAAUACAGUACCAUUCGAAAUUCAGCAAUUAUUUCCCAGCCCACAACAUUUAUUUGCAGUAUGCUGCAGUAAAACAGUUCAAAUAUUUUACUGUUGAUAAUACCCAGAGUUACUGUAUGAAUUACAAUUUUCCAUUACAGUGUAGUGCAGACUGUAUGACUGGGAUUAGGGGAUCAGUGUGGCCUUGAGGGUGCUGAUUAGUGUGUGACUCAAAGUGCCAAGGCACCUGUCACACUCAAGCCAGCCAAUGUUACUUAGACUGGGGCAGGCGUCAUCAGAAGUCACCCACAUUCAUCUAUGUUGGACAGGGCUUGGCUGAAUGCUGUUUACAGGGUGAUUACUGAUUACGUUACUCCCCAAUGACUGGUUGUAGUUAUGUUAAAUCUCCCCAAAGUAAAAUCCCCUGAGCUUCCCACUUCCUCCCUUUCCCCCCCUUGCUCUUUUAUCCAGCAGUAGACUAUAUGGUAUGCCCGCCCAUGCAUACCUUCCUCCUUCCCUCGUUCCUCCUAUAGCUGGGUAUAGUAAUCAUGUAGGGUGUGUUCAGGAUAGGAUCAGUGUCCUGAUUGUCAGGGGCCCACAGGGCCUGCUCAUACCCAGGCUGAGGCACUCUUUCCAGGCUAGGAGAGGUGGCCAUAUGUGGGGUCCCUGUUGGGCUAGGCGGUUGUAUUGUCACUUAUAAGGAGGAAUGGUGCUGCCUUCUACUGUGGAGAAUAAUGAAUAUGUUGUAUAUUGGCUUCUGCAGUCAAGAGCAAAAAGUGAGCUGACUUGGUCCAUGAGGUUUACAUCAUCAUCAGCAUAAUGCAUGUUAUAGUAAGCUUUACUGUAGUCCUAAAGAUUAACUCUGGACAGAGAACUGAUUUCCAUCCAACCACAGCCCUGAUUCCACAAUGCAAAUAAAACAGAGGUUUGCCCUGUAACUUUUCCCCCUUCUUUAAUUGUAAGCCAGUUCUGAAAGUAUAUGUCUCCAGUCCAAAUGAGCAGCUGUGGUCAGUAGAGACCAGGCCCUGGACCUCCCAGUCGUUUCGAAGUGUUCUUCCAAGCCAUGGGGUUUAGUGUGUCUUAGUGACAGGUCACAGAACACGGGCCUCACUGGGAGGAUACUGCUUGUUAUUGGAGUGGAUCCUCAGGACGGAUGUGAGUGGUUCGUUUGGAUGGGGACUAGUCGUACUGUACUGAUGAUCGUUCAAAUCAAAUGCUUAUUUCCUGCUGGGCCAAGUCAAGCUCUGUUUUCUUCAGUUUUCUUCCUUGCGGUCCAUUAGGCCAGUGGCUCUGUGUGUUUGGGUGUGUGUGUGUGUGUGUGUGUGUGUGUGUGUGUGUGUGUGUGUGUGUGUGUGUGUGUGUGUGUGUGUGUGUGUGUGUGUGUGUGUGUGUAUAGGAGAUGGACGCACGUGCGUGUACAUGUUGGGCUCUCAGAUGUACUGUAGAUCAACGGCUCUGAAGCAGAACCGGGUCCAGAUUGGACUCCUGCUUCUGAAACCUUUUGCCUCACAAGCACACACACACUCACACACAUGUUUUGUACUUCUAUCCUCGUGGGGACCUAAAAUUAUUUUUCAUGCAAAAUCUAAUUUUCCCUAACCCAAACCCUAAACCUAACCACUGACCCCUUGCCCUAACCCUAAUUCUAACCCUAAUUGUAACCCUAACCCUAAACCUAACCCCUAAGCCUGUGUCCUCAUGGGGAUGUGGGAAAUGUCUCCACGAGGGAGAAUUUUCCUUGUUAUACUAUCUUUGUGGGGACUUUGGGGGAUUUUAGGUCCCCAAAAGGAUAGAAGAACCAACCCACUCUCUCACACACACACACACACACACACACAGAGAGAGAGAGAGAGAGACAGAAACAUACAGUGAGGGAAAAAAGUAUUUUAUCCCCUGCUGAUUUUGUAUGUUUGCCCACUGACAAAGAAAUGAUCAGUAUAUAAUUGUAAUGGUAGGUUUAUUUGAACAGUGAGAGACAGAAUAAUAACAAAAUGCAUGUCAAAAAUGUUAUAAAUUAAUUUGCAUUUUAAUGAGGGAAAUAAGUAUUUGACCCCCUCUCAAUCAGAAAGAUUUCUGGCUCCCAGGUGUCAUUUAUACAGGUAAUGAGCUGAGAUUAGGAGCACACUCUUAAAGGGAGUGCUCCUAAUCUCAGUUUGUUACCUGUAUAAAAGACACCUGUCCACAGAAGCAAUCAAUCAAUCAGAUUCCAAACUCUCCACCAUGGCCAAGACCAAAGAGCUAUCCAAGGAUGUCAGGGACAAGAUUGUAGACCUACACAAGGCUUGAAUGGGCUACAAGACCAUCGCCAAGCAGCUUGGUGAGAAGGUGACAACAGUUGGUGCGAUAAUUCGCAAAUGGAAAAAACACAAAAUAACUGUCAAUCUCCCUCGGCCUGGGGCUCCAUGCAAGAUCUCACCUCGUGGAGUUGCAAUGAUCAUGAGAACGGUGAGGAAUCAGCCCAGAACUACACGGGAGGAUCUUGUCAAUGAUCUCAAGGCAGCUGGGACCAUAUUCACCAAGAAAACAAUUGGUAACACACUACGCCGUGAAGGACUGAAAUCCUGCAGCGCCCGCAAGGUCCCCCUGCUCAAGAAAGCACAUAUACAGGCCCAUCUGAAGUUUGCCAAUUAACAUCUGAAUGAUUCAGAGGAGAACUGGGUGAAAGUGUUGUGGUCAGAUGAGACCAAAAUCGAGCUCUUUGGCAUCAACUCAACUCGCCGUGUUUAGAGGAGGAGGAAUGUUGCCUAUGACCCCAAGAACACCAUCCCCACCGUCAAACAUGGAGUUGGAAACAUUAUGCUUUGGGGGUGUUUUUCUGCUAAGGGGACAGGACAACUUCACCGCAUCAAAGGGACGAUGAACGGGGCCAUGUACCAUCAAACCUUGGGUGAGAACCUCCUUCCCUCAGCCAGGACAUUGAAAAUGGGUCGUGGAUGGGUAUUCCAGCAUGACAAUGACCCAAAACACACGGCCAAGGCAACAAAGGAGUGGCUCAAGAAGAAGCACAUUAAGGUCCUGGAGUGGCCUAGCCAGUCUCCAGACCUUAAUCCCAUAGAAAAUCUGUGGAGGGAGCUGAAGGUUCGAGUUGCCAAACGUCAGCCUCGAAACCUUAAUGACUUGGAAAGAUCUGCAAAGAGGAGUGGGACAAAAUCCCUCCUGAGAUGUGUGCAAACCUGGUGGCCAACUACAAGAAACGUCUGACCUCUGUGAUUGCCAACAAGGGUUUUGCCACCAAGUACUCAGUCAUGUUUUGCAGACGGGUCAAAUACUUAUUUCCCUCAUUAAAAUGCAAAUCAAUUUAUAACAUUUUUGACAUGCGUUUUUCUGGAUUUUUUUGUUGUUAUUCUAUCUCUCACUAUUCAAAUAAACCUACCAUUAAAAUUAUAGACUGAUCAUGUCUUUGUCAGUGGGCAAACGUACAAAAUCAGCAGGGGAUCAAAUACUUUUCCCCCUCACUGUAGAGGCACACACUCACAGACCCACAUCUUCCAGUGAAGAUGGUCAUGGACACACAUCACAAAAGCUCCAUCUGAAUGCCCAAAUAUUUAUAUGCACAUAUGUGUUGCCGUGGAAACCCAGCUGCUAAUAGCUGGAGCUCAACAUUCCCUUCCUUCUGAAUGAUCAGCAGUCUUGACAUCUGUACUGGACUGUCUAGCAUUGUUUGCCCUCUCACAUGCUAUCGCGUGUAUGCUACAUUUACUUUUCCAUAUGAAUUAGCCAAUUGCAUCCUUCCGCUCUGAAGACAUAUGUUCUAGCAUGGUGCACCCACAGCCUUGACACCAAACUGCCUGCAGUCUGGCUCUGGGCUCUGUGGACAUUCUGGACAAGACCCUGUCAUGCUUUCAAACAGCUUUCACAUGCAAAUAAAGUUUUCCCUAAAAAAAAUGGCUUCCUUCAAUGAGAAAGGCAUGUUGUAAGGAAUUGUGUGGAGAGCCAGCUUUAAGCCUGGUAUGUGGUGCAGUCUGGCUCUGUCUGGUCUUUGAUGUGGCACUGCUAAUCCCACUGUUAACCCUCUCCAUGCCCUCGGCUGCCACAGGCCUGCUUCCUGUCCCGUUGGAUUGAUAGAUGGGGUGUUCGAUAGACGGAGGGAGAGAGGAUGGGAUGAUGACUGGAGGUGUAUUGUUCGGAGGAACACUUGGCCUGUCUUCAGGGCCGUUAGCACGCGCCGCCGGAGGGAGGGAGAGAGGAAGUGAUGGAGGACAAAGAGCUCUCACUCCCCUCAGGCCCCCGAAACACAGCAGGAGCAGGAGGAUGGAGGCUCUGCUUGAUUAAGCACCAGUUUAAAAGGGACCUGUUGAGGAAAUAUCUUCCCUCUUUGGGGGUGUGUGUCGGGGGUAAUGUCCCCCGCUUAAAAAUGUAAUUAUGUCAUCCCCCAGCUUCCGAGUGGUUAAUGGAUGUGUGUGUGUGUGUGUGUGUGCGUGUGUGUGGAGCUCUGUGGUCGCUCUGUCUAAAGAUCCGUCCUCCUCUUGGCCUGCUCUCUCUUUGUCCAAUCUUUCUCUCUCUCCGUCUCUCUCAUCUCCUGGGUGCAAAGAGAGAGUGAGAGCCCACAUUCCAGGACUGGCCAUUAGAGAUAUGGGGGCCAAGGCAGGGUCAGAGGGGCUCAAAGGCUGGGAUUGUUCUCCUCUCUCCACCAGGCACAACGUGCCUUUUCUCUGCUGCUACUCAAUAGCACCAACAGCCCGCUCCGACUCACUCCCAUCGCUUUCAUUCUGCAGAGCUGUCUUCGCCAACAGGCUGCAGAUAGUGUGUUAGAGUGAGUGUGUGUGUCUCAGAGUGUGUGUCAAUGCUGUGUGCCUGUAUGUUGUGUGUCUGUGUGUGCCUCACUCUGGAUAUGCUGUGUGCAGCGUGACUAACCUUGGAGUAGCUAGGACAGGUUCAGCCUCAUGCAUCGUGAUGCCUGCCGCUUUAUGCUGACCUGGGAAUGGGAUGAGCGUGAUUGAUUCUGCUGUCCUGAAUGCCUAAAGCUGUGAGUAACAAGUCACACUCAACUGCUUAGUAUGCUCAAUUCGAUUUCUGUGUUUUUUCUGUCUUUUUCUGAGGUAGGGAACCGCUUGCGUGUUUGCAGACACAGUGAGAUUCCCUCUAGGUUUGCACCCAUUUGCAAGGGUUUUACUGGCUAUUCUAGAUCUGGUUUUGCUUGUAAUAUGCACCAUGUAUGCUCGACCGCACAAUGAUAUUUGCAGCAAGACACAAAGCUGUUAAUGACAGUGUGUGUGUGGGUGUGUGUCUGUGAGUGUGUCUGUGAGUGAGUGUGUGUGUGUGUGUGUGUGUGUGUGUGUGUGUGUGUGUGUGUGUGUGUGUGUGUGUGUGUGUGUGUGUGUGUGUGGAGGCGUGUGUGUGAGGGGUCAUGACCAUGUGACAUUGUUUCACUGCGGGGUUGCUGACUGCAGCAGCUUUUCACCACUGGUUUAUUUCCAGACGUUGGUGUCCCUCAGGGCUGUAUCUCGGGGACUAUGUCAUUGUCACCUCCUUCCCCGUCCCCAGGCUGUUAUGUGGCAAGGAACAGAUGUGUCUAUCUUUCUCUUCUCUCCUCUUGCAUUCUUCUUAAUGACCCAGAUUUACAGUACGAGAGAUUCUGCUUAUGCAUUUCAUUCAAAUGUGUUCAUUGAGCACUAUUUGAAGCAAAGCUUUCUCUCCUGUAUGAUAAAAACCAUGCUGCCUCGCUUUCACCCCCUGCUGUCCUCCGGGACUGUCUUGCACAUGAAUGGCUCACUCUGCAAAAGCAACACACACACACAUACACCCCGCAACAACGAUGCACACACUUCAACACCCACCAGAAUAUUGAACCACUUUGAAUAAUAAUAUACACACUCCACUCCAGUAAGCAGGUUUAUUGUCAUGAAUCCUGCCCUGGAUGCAGCUCUGUAGAGUGGUCACUAGCUGGCACAGCCACAAAGUCAUCAAAUCAGAUUUUAAACCUAACCCUUACCCUAACAUUAACCCUAACCUUAACCACACUGCUAAUACUAAUGCUAACCUUAAAUGAAGACCAAAAGGCAAAUUUUGACUGCAACUGGCCCAGCUAGUGGAAACCGCUCAGUUCUGCCUCUAGGGCAAGAUUCCUGACAAUAAACAUCAACCUGCCUCCAGUAAUGUCCCAUAUGGACAGUACCUCAAUAAUGAGCAUUAGUCAGGUCUGGUUCCAAACUGCAGCGGGCUGGCUCGCUCUUCUCUGUCUCUGUCUCUCUCCUGUCUCCUCUCGAUUCUCUCAUGCACAAGUGCGCACACAGACCUGUUAUUACAGCACAGUCUCUGUAAUGUCCUCUGGAGCAGUGGAAACUAGCAGAAUAGUAUUCCAGCAGGAUGUGUGUGGUUAGUGAAGAGGGAGGACAGUGGGGUUAAGGGGUGCAGGGAUGAGGGGGGGAGGCGUUCUGCGGUUUACAAGCUGAGAGGUUGUCAAAAACAAAAUGAGAGGGUUCGACCCCUGCCUCAUGGUCUGGUUCUGCUGUUGACAGAGGAAUGGAGUGUGGAGCACGCACCACUGAGACUAGCGGUGGAAAGAGGGGGCUGAUGGGACACCAGAGGGAUUUAUGGGUAAUGUGCAGGUCACGGAGCUCCUAUGGUACAGAAAGCUAUUAUUCUGACUGAGAAUUCUGAACUGGCUGGAGGAGUCCAAGGGAAUGUGGAGGCCAGAGGUCCUUGCGUCACCUAGAGUGCCUUUAGAAAGUAUUCACACCCCUUGACUUGUUCCAUGUUUUGUUGUGUUACAAGGUGGGAUUAAAAUUGAUUUAAUUGUCAUUUUUUGUCAACGACCUACCCAAAAUACUAUGUAAUGUCAAAGUGGAAGAAACAUUUGAACAUUUGUAAAACAUUUAUGAAAAAUUUAACAGGAAUAUAUAUUGAUUAUAUAAGUAUUCAACCCCCUGAUCAAUACUUGUUAGAAUCACCUUUGGCAGCGAUUACAGCUAUGAAUCUUUCUGGGUAAGUCUCUAAGAGCUUUGCACACCUGGAUUGUACAAUAUUUGCACAUUAUUAUUAAAAAAAUUAUUCAAGCUCUGUCAAGUUGUUUGUUUAUCACUGCUAGACAUCCAUUUUCAAGUCUUGCCAUAGAUCUUCAAGCCAAUUUAAGUCAAAAUUGCAAAAAUUGUGUGUAGGCCAGUGACACAAAAUCUCAAUUGAAUCCUUUUCAAAUUCAGGCUGUAACACAUCAAAAUGUGGAAAAAGCCAAGGGGUGUGAAUACUUUCUGAAGGCACUGUAGGUGCCAAUGUGCACUCAUGGCCCAGUGAAAGGUGUCCAGAGCCAGCUAUUAAAGACAUCCCUCCCUCAGCUGUUAACCUCAGGCCUGAUGUGUGUGUGUGCAUGCGUGUGUGUGCAUGUAUGUGUGUGUGUGCAUGCGUGCAUUCUGUUUGUGUGUGUGUGUGUGUGUGUGUGUGUGUGUGUGUGUGUGUGUGUGUGUCAGUAACACCAGACUCAGGCUAUGGUCUGACCCAGCAGCUCUCAUCUUGUUAGCCAUCAUUAGCACAUUAGAGGCUGCUGUUGCCUAUAUAAAUCACUGGCCACUUUAAGAAAUGGAACACUAGUCACUUUAAUAAUGUUUACAUAUCUUGCAUUACUCAUCUCAUAUGUAUAUACUGUAUUCUAUAAUAUUCUACUGUAUCUUAGUUUUUGCCGCUCUGUCAUUGCUCGUCCAUAUAUGUAUAUAUUCUUAAUUCCUUUCCUUACUUAGAUGUGUGUGUAUUGGGUAUAUGUUGUGAAAUUGUUAGAUAUUACUUGUUAGAUGUUACUGCACUGUCGGAGCUAGAAGCCCAAGCAUUUCGCUACACCCGUAAUAACAUCUGCUAAACACGUGUAUGUGACAAAUAAAAUGUGAUUUGAUUUGAUUUGAUGUAAUACAAGGCCACAAUGUUUCACAUGGGGAGGCUGGAGAAGCUAAGAGGAGUUGAAAGCCUCUCUCCAGGCCUACAGUAUACAGCCCGGUCAGACUUGCCUUAGCACUAACUCAAGCUCUCUAACACGCUGGGGUGUGUGUGUGUGCAUUUGUGCUAGCGGUGCAAUCAGCACUAGCUCUGACAGUGGAGCCAGCUGUCUGUGACCAGACCCUGUGCUGCUGUGGAAACCAGGGGAAAAAGCAGCAAAUGAAGGGUUUUGCCACAGAAUGACUGCAGCUCUGCCAAAAUAGCUCUGUGCCAAACUCAUCUCACCUCACAUCACAUGGUGCCCAUACGUUGCCUGCCCACACAUAGUUUUCUGAUGGUUUUCCAUGUAUGUGUGUGUGUGUGUCGUGUGUGUCUGUGCUGAGUUAAUGACGUUUUUGGUGACUUCAUUGUUCCCUCUGUUUAUGUUUUGCUGUAGCGAUUUUUAAUACCGUCGUAAUGUCCAAUUGAACUACCAUCCUCUCUGAAAUGUACACACACACACACACACACAUACACCAGUGUUUCCCCUAUAUUAAUUUAGCAGCGGCGGGCCGCCGCUGCUAAAUCGUAGCCGCCACUCCCAAAAAUAUAAUGUGAAAGAAAAAGUACAAAAUAGAUUGGAGGGUAAAACGUUUUCGGUCUAAACUUAAAUGACUAUGUAGAAAAGAUAAUGGAGGUCAUCUUUGAGAACUAACAACCACAAGAAUAAAAACUAGACAGUCAGGGAGAAUCUAAAAAUCCAAUGCAUUGGGCCCCCAUUGAUUUUGUUAUAAUGUUUGAGUCACUCAAAUAGAUUAAGAAAAUAAGGCAAAAUGUACCACCGCCGCUGAAAAGAAAUCCUUGGGGAAACACUGUACACACAUACACACUCCCUCAUAAUGGAGCUCUGUGUGCCUCAGCACAAUGCUGCGGAGCGCUCCAUUUAGUGGCUAUUGGGUAGUAAACAGCUCCAGGCUCAUUCCAACAGGCAGCACACAGUCUAGAGCCUGGUGUAGAGAGACACACCACAAAUACCAAGCUGCCUGAAUAUCUGUGGUGAAUAUCUGUGGUGAAUAUAUGUGGUGAAUAUCUGUGGCAUCUCCUCUUCGUCCUCUACCGUUCAGUGUUUUUGUUGUUUUGGCUUCAUUCAUGUAACCUGAAUAUGUUUUUAGUAUAAAUGUCCUACAUAAUGUCUUACAAUGCAAUAUAUGUGCCCUCCAACCCCACAACCCUCCCUCCAUGCUUUCAUAUCACUAACUAUGUCCGUCCUAAAACAUGCAUCCUAACUGUCACCAACCCCCAACACCUGACCCUACAGGUGUGUUUUAAUGGUGUGGUGAGUUUCCCCAAGACUUGAGUGAGUGACCUACAGUACAAUGUUGUUUCAUAAAGGUUUGGAUAUGGGCCACUGUGUUAUGCCUAUGGUUCUGGGGGGUCCCUGUACACUGCAGACAGACAGUCUCUCCCCUCUCUCCCUUCUCAGUCUCGGGAGCAGUCUGAUGAUGAGCAGUCGGAGGACUCUUUGAAGUUCAAACGGCUCCACAAGCUGGUCAACUCUACCCGCAGAGUCAGGAAGAAACUCAUCAAGGUGGAAGAGGGGAAGAAAGCCGUCUCCGAAGGUAUGGCACAUGUCCAUACUAACCCAAACUGUGUAUUUAGAAUCCCGUAACACUUUAACUAUGAAUGGGGUAGAACUGGUUUUGCACUGGUUUUGCUCUAUUUGAUGUUGCUCUCUAAUAGAUACUUGAUUUGAUGUUCUUCUCCUCCCUGUAGAUUCUUUGAGACUGGAGGUGUCUUCUACCUGUGAGGACAACACAGCCCUGUACACAGGGGUCCUGAAGAAGUCCAGCCUGCCCCAGGAUGCCUCCCUGUCCUCCCUGACCCAGGACCAGCUAUCUCUGGACGGGGACACAGACAGCCUGACCACCUCUCCUUCCUCCAGCAGCCUGGACACCACCUGGUCUGGACACAAGCUGGUCAAGACCUUCUCUAAGUCCAGCAGCACCCACGGCCUCAUCCGGCCCCCCAGGAGAGUCCCUGCUGGGUCUGGGGGUCUGGGGACCGUGGGGGUGGGAGGUAGUGGAUCCUCCUUCUCGGAGCUGGAUGGCUGUGGAGCAGAGGAUGAAGAGAAGGUGUCGUGCUCCAUGACGGAGGGCGAGAUGCGGAAAGCUCUGACCUCUCUCUCCCACGGGGUAAGUAACAACACACUCUAUGGCUUCUACGGCCUCACCCGGCCACGCCCCAACCCACACCCCCAGCCCCACCUCCUCGUUGCCCUCGACGACGUCUCCCAGAGUAGCCCCAAACCUGCCCGUCACCAUGCCAACUGGCUCAGGAAGCCCGACCCCAAUUACGCCUACUCCACCAAACACCUGCUCUACCAGCGCUCCCGGAACUAUGCUAAACCACCUGGGGUGCCCUCCUCCUGCCCCUCCCCCUUGGCCCCUGCCCGCUGUGACCUAGCCAAGGCUAAGGGUGGUACGCUGGGUGGAGGGGGGGGUGGGGGCUGGGCGUUCCCCCCUCGCAGACUCCGCGGCCGGACGGCGGUGAGCGAGCUGAACAUCACAUACGUGGUAGAGCGCAGCCUCUACGGCCACCUCAACUGGGCCCAGCUGGUCCGACCAGUCACCCUCAGCCGCGCAGAGCGCCGCUGCCUAUUGGAGGAGGACAAGGAGGCGGACAGGAAGUGGGCAGCCAGCGUGGACCGCUGCACCAAGCGCGUGCUCUUACGCAUCCAGCAGAAGUCUGUGAGUGCUACCGUACAGCGGGGGGAUGGGCUACAAGGCACCCCCUCCUGGCCAGGAGGACCAAGGCUAGCUUCAAGGCUGCACAAUAACCCUCAGGUUUAGAUACAGACACAGGGUUGGUCAUGUUCCCAUCUUCUCUGCUUUAUCCACAUAGAGCUUGAAUAUUUAGAAAGGUUAGUUUAACAGAGGAGACCUCCAUAGAGAAACAGAAAUUUUCACAACUUUUAGAUAUGAAAGCCCUUGGCAUUCUAGUUCAUUUUCAUGUGAUAUGAAAUAGUAAUGGGAUCUGCCGGUUCUGACUCAGGAUGUUAACAGUGGUUACAUACAGUAGAGGUUUCAUAAAUGCCAUUUAGAAAUGUCACCCAGCCCAAACCCUAGAGGGAGUCUCCUGAGUCAGAGUGGAGCAGACAGAGACACAGCUUUGAUAGGUCACUGCUCGGGAGCUGACAGACACACACACAUUCUCUUUCCUCUCUUCUUUUUAACUUUCUCCCCUCCCUUGUUUCUCCUCUUCCUUUAUAUCCCUGUACUCAGUAGAAGGGGAACAAAGUAUCUGUUUUUCAGCUCAGUGAGAAAGAAAAGGAGAAAGAGAAAUCUGGGACAUUGACAGUGGCCAGAGGCCCAGCUAGAUGAUCAGGGCUGGCAAGGCCAAACAAGCCUCCACACAUCAUUGAGAGAGAUGGUAUGAUAAAGGUGUAGUCAGUGUGUGAAAGUUCAAUCACAAGUCAAUAACAAAACUAGCAUGGACGUUUUAGUGUCGAUGGUAGGAAUCCUACUGAAAUAGUAUUUAGAUCGACACAGGGAAGCUAAACAGAACUAUUCUGCAGCCUUGAAGAAGCCUGAAUCCUUGCUUUUACUUGUGAAUCAUUGGACGUGGCUCAUCAUCCAUAGACAUUUUUACCCAUCCAUUCAGUUCUCGUUUCUGGUUUUAUCUUUUUGAUCUUGCCUCCGUCGGCAUGGCUACAGAUGUAGUGGAAUUUUCUUUCUCUUUUUUUUUUUUUUUUUUUUACUGUUCUGUGGAAGAGGGUUUUCCGAGUGCAUGGCCAUUCCAUUGAAUAUAUCCAACAACAUCACUCCAUCUCCAGUCUUCUUUUUGGAUGCCAUCUGAAUCGCUUCUCUUCACAAAACUGUGGAUUCCUGUGUAUUCCAGAGUGUGGAACUGCGGACAUGGACACGAUAGAAAACAAUGGUCUCAAAGCUAGUUCAAUGAUAAGAUGGUUCUCUCUCCUCCUCAGUAACUCCCUGAUACCCUCAGGACUGGUCCUAUUGAAACUCUCCCUAUCAAAUGGAGAGAGAUGAUAGAUAGGGAAACCCCCUACAUAUCCCUCAGUCUGAUACAUUAUACUCUCUGUGAGAACCUACCUCCCCCAACCUCCCCUCUCCGUAACCUAACCCAGUGUAAAAUUAUUAAUAUCUCUAAACAAUGUGUGUGUUUCCAGAGUCUAAAUCCAGUAACCCUACUUUCGUAAUUAAACACAAGGGAAAGUUUGGGUUGGGCCAGGCCAUAGUAUAUGUGUUCUAUAUGAUACUCAUAAAGCACCAUGUUAUAAUUCAGCGUGACCACAUCUAACCAAAUUAUUUCAUUUAAUUUCAAUGUUUGUUCCCCAUGGCUUUAGUUUUAAAGUAACAUAAACUUGCAGAAUAACAGUGACUCCAAUUCCCCAUGGAUGAUCUAACGCAGAUGGUCACCCAAUAACUAACAUAAAUAAUAAAGAUAAAUAUAUAUGAGUUUCAUGUCACAUCUGUUGCCUGUCCCAUAUGAGGUCAUACCAUGACAUACAUAUAUAGACAGCUGGAAACGCUCACUCAGCAAGCCCAUAUAUAACAUACAGCCAUGAAUCAACCUGCUGCCAUUGUGACUCCGCCAAGCAUGAAUCAUUGUGAUUUGACUCUUACUGGGCACGGAUGGGAGUUGAUGUCAUUUGAAUAGAUUUCUCAUAAGGAUUCUCUCUCGAGAAGAUGGCAGAGUAGAGAGAUAGAGAGCUAGUCUCUAGAAUAGAAGCAGAUUUAUAUUGCUCGGUAGAUUAGAGAGAUGAUCGUAUAGAGAGAGCUAUAGCUACUCGACUAGAGAAAGAGAGAGACAUCAGACUCCUGAGGCUGAGCUCUCUCUCGCUCAUCUCUUCUCUCUCUCUCUCUCUAUCUCUCUCUCUAUCUCUCUCUCUCUCUCGCUCUCUCUCUCUCUCUCUCUCUCUCUCUCUCUCUCUCUCUCUCUCCGCUCUCGCUCUCUCGCUCUCUCUCUCUCUCUCUCUCUCUCUCUCUCUCGCUCUUCUCACAGAGGACGUGUAGUUUCGGAGGGUUUGACCUGUCCAACCGGUCGCUCCAUGUGGUCAGUGCAGGCUCAGAGCCCAAUGUAAGUACUAACAGAUAACGGAUGACUCAGGGCUGAGGGGGCGCAAUACUUAGAGAAGUGAACUCAAACACUGAAUCAACUAUUUUGUUAUUUCUCUCCUCUUUCUUUCUGUCUCUGUGUUUGUCCCUCCCUCCCUCCCUCUAUCUCUCAGAGUAAGAAUCCAGAGGCUGUAUACCGGGAGGUAGUCAAGUCUCCCACGACGUCUCGUAUCUCUCUGGGAAAGAAGGUCAAGUCUGUAAAAGAGACCAUGAGGAAACGCAUGUCCAAGAAGUACAGCAGCUCACUGUCUGAACAGGUACACACACACACACACACACACACACACUAAGAUCCCAACUUUCAUAGUUGAAUACAUUUUUUUGAAUGCUCCCCGUUGUUAUUCAUAAUCAUUCUGGGCGUUGCAUAUGUGUGUGGUUGGAUGUGUUUGUGUUGGUUACAAAGUAAACACCCAGCUCUCUCAUACACAAACAGAUGUGCGACACGCACACACACACAGCUGGGACUCUCUUGGAGCUGUCCACACUCUGGUCUCAGCUCUCUCAGGCCCAGGACAGGACUCGGGGUGUAGGGUGGGGUGGGGUGUAUAUGGAAGUGGCUGAGCUCAUCCAGUGAGGCAAGCCUCCCGCAUGCCAGGCCAGCGCUCUGAGACAAGGGGCCUUUGGCUCUGGGGCUGUGUGUGCAUGUGCAUGCGCAUGUGUGUGUGUGUGUGUGGCUCAUUCAUAUCAUAUGAGCAUUCACAUUCAAACAAUGGACAAUUACAGUAUUGGUUUUGGCCUGGUAUCUAGGCUAUCAGAGGGUACAGUACAGUCAAAAAAGCCUAGGGAGUGUCACAACCUUAGACUGCGCACUGCAAACAAGUUCCCUCAAAGAUAAAUAACAGAGAUAGUUGGAACGUCAAUGCAGUGACCAAGAAAAAGGUGGAAUUAGUUAUGAAUAUGUUGGUUGGAAAGAGCAGGCAGGAGACUAAAUGAGCUCCAACGUCACUCGAAAGGCUAUUUUACAUGCCACGCUGCCAUCUAGUGGCUGUGAUGAAUUACCCUUCAGUAAAGCUGCUGUCAUGUGUAUGAUACUGUAUCACGUUGACUGAUGGACAUGCUGUGAGUGACCGCUACUUAUCACUGAUACUGACAUCUGUGUCUCUGUCUCUUUAUCUCUCCAUAUCUUUCUCAAUCUCUCUCUCUCCCCCUCUCCUCUUCACUUCUACCUUUCUGCCCCAACCUCCCCUUCCAUACCUCUCCCUCCCCCCUCCUUCAUCUGUACCCUCCCUCCCUCUCUCUUCCCCUUCCUCCGUCCCUCCAGUCGAGCCCAGACGGUGCUCCCAGCUCCCCCCAGUCCCCCCAGCCAGACACAGAUUCUCUGGAGAAACCCAAACUGAAGGCUGGAGGAUCAGUGGAGAGCCUCCGGAGCUCCCUCAGCGGACAGAGCUCCAUGAGUAAAUUGAGUUGAGAGUGUGUGUGUGUGUGUGUGUGUGUGAUAGAUAGAGAGAGAGAGAUAGAGAGAGAUAGAGAUAGAGAGAGAGAGAGAGAGAUAGAGAGAGAGAGAGAGAGAGAGAGAUAGAGAGAGAGAGAGAGAGAUAGAGAGAGAGAGAUAGGAGAGAGAUAGAGAGAGAGAGAGAGAGAGAGGAGAGAGAGAGGAGAGGAGAGAGAGAGAGAGAGAGAGAGAGGAGAGAGAGAGAGAGAGAGAGAGAGAGAGAGAGACUAAGUGCACAAACCUCGACAGAAGGGGGCACUGUCAUCACAUCUCCCUGGCAACAUUCACUCAAUCUUCUAUACAGAUAAUCCUGAAGUGACAUAACCCAUAAAUACCCCUUAUCAAGCCUGCUGUGUCAGUUACAGUUUUUCUCGAUUGCUAAGACACAUUUCUUGAAAGCUGCUCUCCUUUUCUCUUAACUGUGAACACAAAACCCAAUUUUCAAGCUACAUUCACAAAACCUCAGACUCUUCUUGCAAAACCAAACUUUCACCUCAAAACAGUUCAAUCUGUGCUCAAAACUGAACUAUGUUGUCAAAUCGUGCCCCGAGUCAAUCAAAAUAAAAAACACUACUGAACAGUCACUAAAAUAGAAAACACAAUGCUCAGGACAUGAAGCUGGAGAAAUAAAUGUUUAUUGUUCACUGUAGGCUAAAUGCAUGUUGCAAAACAAAAAAAAACCUGUGCAUUUAGCACUUGUACAAAAAGACAAAACAGAAAUCUUGUGCAUUUACAUGUAGCACUUGUAAAAACAAACAGAAAUCUUAUGCGUUUGCCACUUGUGUACAGUAAGCCCAUGUAAAAAAUAAAGUACAAAAAUAUACAAAUAAGUGCAUUACUCAGCCACAGCAUCAUGUCUCCGUACUGGGUCAGGCCACAGGACUUCAUCCACAUCACAGGCCACAUUUUGUCUGGCCAGGCAACGGGGGAAAAAAACCCUGGCAUGCCGUAUCCAGGCUUGGCAUGCCUCCACACCUAUGUCACCACAGGCAAGUCCCAUGGCUUGCAGGAGAUUUACCCUGGUGUAAGGUUGGCGUUCAUAUACCUUCCACCGCCAUGAGGAGAAGAAUUCCUCAAUGGGGUUUAGGAAAGGGGAGUAUGGUGGAAGGCAAAGAUUGAUAAAACCUUGGUUCAUAUUGUACCACUCUCUAACCUGGAGGGCUCUGUGAAAACUCACAUUGUCCCAAACAACAACAUAGAUGGGAUGCUCAUCCUGCUGCCCUAACAAAGCAUCUCGCAUGUGAUUGAGGAAAUGAGGAGCUGGUGAGUGUUGUAGGGCCCCAGGUUGGCAUGAUGGUGGACAACCCCAUGAUUGCUGAUGGCAGCACAUAAUGUGACAUUGCCACCACGCUGCCCAGGAACACCAACAAUGGCCCGAUGGCCAAUCACAUUACGGCCUCUCCUCCUUUUGGUGAGAUUAAACCCAGCUUCAUCCAUGUAGAUGUAUUGAUGGGGUCUUUCCAUUGCAUACAGUUGAAAAACCCUCUGUAGAAAUAUAUAUAGUUUUGUAAGUGAUACGGAAAAAGUGAUUUAGGCCACUACAGUAAAUCACUACUUAGAGUAAUCAACAUUGAAUGUGUCUGGAUAUAUGCCAACCUGUACAUACUGGAAUCUUUGCUCUUUGACUCUGUCUGAGUUGCGAUCAAAGGGCACUCUGUAUAGCUGUUUCAUGCGCAGUCUGUUGCGCUUGAGGACACGAUCAACAGUAGAGAGGCUGACACUGUUGAUACCCUCAAAAUUUAAAUGGUCCUCAACGAUCUUCUGCUGAAUUUCGCUCAGUUUAAUGGCAUUGUUCUCACGGACCAUAUCAACAAUUAGGGUCUCUUGGUGUGGGGAGAACAUACCUGUCCUCCCACCCCCAUGUGGCAGUCUUUCAAUUCUACAAAAAGAGAACAUGGAGUUACAAAAAAUAUACAUGGAAUACCAGGCCUACAAACAGUUAGACCAACCCUCCAUUACAAUACUACAGUACAUUGGUACAGUGAUGUACUGAAACAUAUAUUUACUUACAGUAUACUGUGGUACAGUAUAUAGUAUGUCAUACAGUAAUUGCUGUCAACAUUUACAUACUGUACUAUAAUGUCAAAAAAAGGUAAUUACCUGUUCUCUUCUCUAAAUCUUCAGAUUAUGGUGGACACAGUGAAUCUACUGAUGUUUGGUUGUACCCUUUGUCCAGCCUCCCUCAUGCUCAUACCAUGGACAAGAACAUGGUCAAUCACAGUAGCUCUGAUUUCAUCAGAUAUUACUGUUCUUUGUCUUCGCUGACCACCUCGACCACCUCGACCUCCUCUCACACGAACUCUUCCUCAGAUUUCUAUCCAUUGUAGGGCCUCACAAACCAGUGCUCUCUGAACUGGCUUACUGUAUAUGUUCCCUCACAUCAUUAGCCACAAGUGUGAUCAAUUUUGAGUUGUUGUGUUCAAGUGGUGACACCUGUGCUCUAAUUGUGUUUGACUUUUGUCACCUGUGCUCACCAUUAUGCAGCACGGGUGCAUCACAAUGAAAAUGUGUUGGCAAGUUAUGUCUAAACAGGUGAAAAGUGCUUAUGGUUUUGCCAAAAGAGUGAUUGAUUCAAUCAGUGGGUUCAGGCAACUGAGCAUUUGGUUCAGACAAUAGGGUUUAGUGUUUUAGCAAUUGAGAAAAACUGUAGUAUACAUUACAUCAUCAUUGUUAUGAGCUUGUCUCCUAUCAUUACAGCUCUCUGUCACAAUCACACCCAUUACCAUUGGAGGGUUCAGAGAUGACAUGUGAGAUCAACUGGUCCUAUCUGAUGAGAGCUUCUUCUCCCAUAGUUACUGAUCAUGAUCUGACCCUGGCAUGUGUUCAGACAGAGCACCAACAACUCUUCUAUCUGUCUCUCAUGUAUUGAUGUUAGACUGAGAGCUGUGAGGGCUGGGUUGAUGUUUGUUAGAAAUAAAAAGUAUUAGUAGCUUAGUGGUUAAGAGCGUUGUGCCAGUAACCGAAAGGUCGCUGGUUCUAAUCCCCGAGCCGACUAGGUGAAAAAUCUGUCUGUGCCAUUGAGCAAGGCACUUAACCCUAAUUGCUCCUGUAAGUCGCUCUGGAUAAGAGUGUCUGCUAAAUGUCAAAAUAUAUAUGUUUUAUUGUCACAUAAACCAGAUAGGUGCAGUGACAUUUGUUGUACGGCGCCCCUGAAACAAAUUAGGGUAAAGUGCCUUGCUCAAGGACACAUUAACAGAUCUUUCACCUUGUCGGCUCGGGUAUUCGCACCAGCGACCUUUCGGUUACGGGCCCAACUCUCUAACCGCUAGGCUACCUGUUAUCCUUUUCUAGGUUUUUUAGUGAGAGAGAGUCUGUCCCUAGUUGACUGGUGUUGAUCUGGGCCCAUAGGGUCGGAGGGGCUAAGACACAUGCUAAUGAUUAGAUAGGAAGGCUUUGCUCUCUGGUUCCCACACUUAUCAACACAAAUCAGACAUACACAGAGUUGUCUAUGGGGAGUCAGCAGCACACUAUAUACGCACUGGCUUCAAGUGAUGGGUUUUGGGUGAUGUGUACAUCUGUGGUUUGACAAUGUGUGGUCUUGGUUCUGUGUGUUCCAGGUGGUCAGACAGUCAGCACCACAGACUCGUCAGCCAGUAACAGAGAGAGUGUGAAGUCUGAGGAUGGAGAUGACGAGGAGCCUCCCUACAGAGGGCCCUUCUGUGGCAGAGCACGAGUGCACACUGACUUCACACCUAGCCCCUAUGAUUCAGACUCCCUCAAACUAAAGGUAACUCACACACACAGUCUUACAUACAAUGGAAAUGAUUUGUCUAGAUUGUGUGUGGCUUUAGAUUUGUACUAAAAUAUCCUGUAUAUGUUGUGUUCCAGAGAGGGGAUGUGAUUGACAUCAUCAGUAAGCCCCCCAUGGGGACGUGGAUGGGCCUGCUCAACAACAAGGUGGGCACCUUUAAGUUCAUCUACGUGGACGUGCUGAGUGAGGAGGAGGAGAAGCCCAAGAGACCCGUCAGGAGGAGGAGGAAGGGCAGACCUCCCAAACCCACCUCUGUAGAGGAGCUGCUCGAACGCAUCAACCUCAAGGUAUACACACUGGACACACACAGCUUUGCACAUGUCACGCGCGUACAUACACAGACACACUUGUAUAACACACUCACACACACACACACACAGUCUUGUACAGCUAACCUUUUGGGGACACACAAUUCAGUCCCAUUCAAAAUCCUAUUUUCUCUAACCCCUAACCCUAAACCUAACCCUAACCCGUACUCUUACCCUUAUGCUAACCCUAACCUUAACCCAAAAACCUAACCUUAACCCUAACCCUAAACCCAACCCUAGCUCCUAACCCUAAAACUAACCUUAGCUCCUAACCCUAACCCUUAACGUAAUUCUAAUCCUAACACUAAUUAUAACCUUAACCCUAAACCCCUUAGAAAUAGCAUUUGACCUCGUGGGGACUAACAAAAUGUCCCCAGUUGGUCUAAAUUUUGUUCGUUUACCAGAAGUCCCCACAAGAAUAGUUAAACACGUCCACACACUCUCACACAAACUCCACACAAACCUCACACACCAAUGCUAAGAUUUUCUGGACAAGGUAACAGUAGUCCUACAACUUCCCUCCUACAGUCCCAUUCAUAUCCCAGCCAUCUAGAAAACACCCAGCCUCUCCCGUCAACCACCCAGCCUAGCCAGCUCAGCCUCCCCAGGGAGAGAGCACAGUAGGUGGGCUGUUUCUGGGUAAACCCAGCCUGAUGGAGCUCUGACAUGACAGAUUACAGAACAGGCUAUGUCCAAGGGCUCUCCUCUAACUCAAGGACAUAAGUACCAUAAUGGUACAUUAUCAUUGCCUGGGCAGAGCGAGACUAUAUUACAGGCCUUGAGACCUCCCAUAAGUGCUAUUAUCCUACUAUAGAGUACAUGUGCAUCAAGGUACGUUUCGUCACGUACGUAGUUGUGACUUGGGGAGGGAGAGAGCAGACUAAACAAAGUUCCCCUAACCCCACCAUUAACUGGGGACCAUGUGAAGACAUUAUACUGAGACUGUGUUCCACCUUGUUCUGGGUCUGUUUCAUGUCACGCUCAGGAUAAAUUAUUGUUUUUGACAAGUAUUUAUAAAAAAUAAAUGCUUUGUUGAUUUGAAAGAAGUACUAGGGAAAAUUCUGGGUUUCUCAGUCCAGAUUUGGUUAGCAUUAGGGAGUUCAGUUUGAUUUACUGAUGCACCUUUUUACUGGCGAUUGAGUCGAGGAUAUUUACUCCAUAAAGUGACAACAAAAACGAGAGUAAGACACCGUAAUAAACUUGCUGACUCAUUCUACAUAAGACAGAGCUCAUUGUUGUCAGGGCGUUCCUUAAAACACAAUGACAAAGUGGAGUUUGCUUCGAAGCAGCCAUGUUCUCCAUCUUUUUCUAUGUUCUAUCUUUUGAAUCUUACAUUUCAACUUGAUUGUAGGGGUAUCUUGGAGCAAACGUGCUUUGGCCUUCAAAUAUGUUAGGUUACAUAAAAGACUAAGAUCAUAUGAGAAGGUUCUUGUGGCUGUGUAGAGUAGUGGUCUUUGGUUUUGUCUCAUCAUUAUUUCUACUUAUCCUAGCAGAAAUAGAGCUAAAAGUCACUGUUAUGCUAAGGAUGGAAGUCUCCAUAGUUGCAGUGGUGUCAUGCAGUCUGUGUGUAUUGUACCCUUUAGAUGUGUGGGUUGGACAAAACUUUAGACUGAACCAGUUUCCACAAUCUCCAUGUUUAACGUGGAAACCAAUUAUGAUGGGUUGAAAUGUUAAUGUUAGCUGUGCCUGUUCCGAAACAAACAGAGGGUGUAGUGUGAUAUUUUAGACUGUGAUUCCUGGUGUCCUCCCACUAAGAGAUAGCACCACAGGUUCUAAUGACUAGCUUUGUGCUAUUGUUAAAUUGUGUGUGUAUCCUCCUUGUCGCCUGUGGUGGAAAGGUGGGGUAGAUAAUCUCCUUCACCUGAUUUCCCACAAUUUCCAACUCUUCCCUCCCUUUCUGUGGCCACAUCGAUCCCUUUUUUAGCUCAUAGCUUGUUUAUGCAAGAGAAAAAUGCCCUUUGUGUCAUUAACAAUUGGUCCUAGGCCAGUUUAGCUGAUUAGCUUAUAAUAGUUACAGUCACGCUCACGCAUGGGGUAGGAAGAUCUGAUCUGCAAUCGGUUCUCUCUCCUCUCGUCUUCUCUUCUCCAGGAGCACAUGCCUACCUUCUUGUUUAAUGGCUACGAGGACCUGGACACCUUCAAGCUGCUGGAGGAGGAGGAUCUAGAUGAGCUCAACAUCAGAGACCCUCAACACAGAGCUGUGUUGCUCACCGCUGUGGAGCUACUGCAGGAGUAUGACAGUGAGUGCACACACACACACUCACUUUCACACACACACACACUCACUUACUCACUCACUCACACACACACUCAUACAUACCCUUCGCUCUGUCUGUUUGAUUGCAUUGUCUAUGACUUUGUCUGGAUUGCGAUACUACAUCAUUCUGUACGUUUCUGGAUGUCUGACUAUAUUGUCUCUGUGUCGUGUGUGUCUAUAGGCAGCAGCGACCCGGAGCGUAGCGGCCUGUCAGGCUCUCAGGAGAAGCUGCUGUCAGAGGGCCACAGCCUGGUGGGCGACUCGCCACGUGACUCUGGCUGCUACGAAAGCAAUGAGAACCUGGAGAAUGGUAAUGACUAGCCUAGCCUCCCGCUAAUGGGAUUAGCCUGGCAUUAGCCUAGCCUAGCCUGGGCCUAGACUAGCACUACAGUGACUGUGGUUCCUCCUCCACUCUGGGACACCUCCUCUUCCUCCUCUUCUGCCAUGCUUCAGCAUUCUAACCUCAACCGUCCGUCAUCGCUCUCCAUUGGACCAAGGCCAGCCAAUCAAACCUCUCCGCUCUCUAUCCGUUAUGUCUGUCUCCUAGCUCCACCCACACCCCCACCCCAUUUACCUCCGCCCCGCCUAGCUGCGUAGAGUCAUAGAGAGGGGAGAGAUGCACUCCCCCCUCUCUCUUUCUUUCUCUCUCUUUUUCUCAUUGUCACUCUACUCUUUCCACUGCCCUCUCCAUCUUUAGGCUCUCUCUGCCUUCACUGCAGAAGCCCUAUCCUAAGGGACAAGGCCGUAACCCCCACGCCCAGAUCGCUAGUCUACCCUACAAUGGGGCCCUAUGCACAAAGGGAACAACACCCUACAUCUCAAAUGCACAUAACUGCUCUGCUCAACUCGACGCUAGUGCCCAUGUUGCUCUAAUCUCACAAUGGACAGAGAACUCCUCUUACUCCUCCUCUUCCGAGGUUGAGUGGUUGCUGGGAGACCAGACCAAUCAUGACACCAUGAGGGAGUAUUUCUUUUGAGAGGUGGUGUUACUGUAGAAAACUGAGACCUUGUAAAUAACUUACCUUGUAAAGUCACUGCCCAGUUAUUUGCUGUGGUAUGGCUCUGUGUCCGUUCUCCCAAUGCCGGCUCAUUCUCUCUUCUCCAUGCCAUUUCAAGUCACUUGAAAACAUUUCUGUAACUUAUCUUGUGCUUAUUCUUUAUAGUGACCAUGUUGCACAAAGAUCGUACAUGCCUAAACAAACCCCAAAACUAUUGGAUGGAAAUAUUUUCUUAAUGACAGUGGAUAUUUAAAAUAGCAGACAUACCUAGCCUAGCGCUACAGUGACUGUGGUUCCUCCUCCACUCUGGGCCACCUCCUCUUCCUCCUCUUCUGUCAUGCUUCAGCAUUCUAACCUGAACAGUCCGUCAUCGCUCUCCAACGGACCAAGGCCAGCCAAUCAAACCUCUCCGCUCUCUAUCCGUUAUGUCUGUCUCCGAGCUCCAUCCACCUGAUUAUGGAAGUGUAUUUCAGAUCUAUAUUUGUGAGAACAUUUUGUGUAUAGUUGAGACUACUCAAACUCCCCCUCAAAAAUGCUGUGUGUGCACUGCAUCGCAGUGCUUAAGGCGUCACUACAGCCCCGGGUUCGGCCAUGACCGGGAGACCCAUGAACCGGCGCACAAUUGGCCCAGCGUCUUCCGGGUUAGGGGAGGGUUUGCCGGCCGGGAUUUCCUUGUCCUAGCGACUCCUUGUGGCGGGCCGGGCGCCUGCAAGCUGACUUCGGUCGCCAGUUGUACGGUGUUUCCUCCGAUACAUUGGUGUGGCUGGCUUCCGGGUUAAGCAAGCAGUGUGUCAAGAAGCAGUGCUGCUUGGCAGGGUCGUGUUUCGGAAGACGCAUGGCUCUUGACCUUCGCCUCUCCCGAGUCCGUACGGGAGUUGCAGCGAUGGGACAAGACUGUAACUACCAAUUGGAUAUCACGAAAUUGGGGAGAAAAAGGGGUAAACGUACAAAAAAUAUAUAAAUAUGUUUUUUAAAAGACUGUGUGCUUUGGUUUCCCCUACAGUUGAGUGCUGUGUUUUAGCUUCAAUCAUAAUUCAUAAACCAUUGCUUAAAUAAUUGACUUCCCACUGGGCACCGACGUCAUUUCAACAUGUAGUUUUGAGUUGUCAAAUAAAGUGAAUUCAACGUGAAAUCAACAAAAAAUGUCACCAUGUCAUUGGAUUUAGGGUAAAAGUUAAGUGAAAAAAAGACUAAAUUCCUUCACAUUGAUUCCUUUUUGCAAAUCCAAUCCGUUUUCUACAUUUAUUCAACGUCAUCACAUUGAAUUUCUUUGUUGAAAUAACGUGGAAACAACGUUGAUUCAACCACUGUUUUGCCCAGUGGGUUCUCUCUCUGGUUGCUCUCUGUUCUGCUCUAUGUGUGUGUGUCAUAAGGGUUCUGAAAGAUGUGCAAUCUGCCACAGUAGGGAUUUUAGUUGUGGAAUAAACCACUUCUGUGAUGGAAGUUACUCUGACCUGCUUGCUUUAUUUAACGUGUCUUCCUUCUUUCUUUGUGUCUCUCAUUUCUCCAUCUCAGUCGUUAACACUCACCAUUAGCUACAUAACAUUCAGUGUACAUUCUGCAUUUUAAUAAAUGUAUCUCAUUGUGUCUCUACACAUUCGCCCUGCCAAACCAAUCUGCAUUAUUCUGCCUCAUACAUUCUCUACUACAGCCAGAACUCUCUCAACCAUCCUCCUACAUACAUACAUUAUGACUUUAUACAUCCCUUAAUCUCGCCAUCCCAGAGCUUUGCUCCAAACAUUGUGGCAAUAACAUUGUGGCAAUAACAAGGAAAGCCAAAGUGCCAAAGGUUGGGCCUAAGGGAAUUUCAUACAGAAUGUUUUUUCAGGACUCUUUUGUUGAAGAUGUAAAAAAAUGAUGUUGGUCUGAUGUGUAUGACGACGUGAAUCCAGAUGCAUCACUGGAAGUAUUUGUAAAAUUAUUAAUAUCUUAUUGUUGACAAGCAUGUGUAACCGGUGUGAAAUGGCUAGCUAGUUAGAGGUGCGCGCUAGUAGCGUUUCAAUCGGUGACGUCACUCGCUCCGAGACCUUGAAGUAGUUGUUUCCCUUGCUCUGCAAGGGACGUGGAUUUUGUGGAUCGAUAGGUAACGAUGCUUCGAGGGUGACUGUUGUCAAUGUGUGCAGAGGGUCCCUGGUUCAAGCCCAGGUUGGGGCGAGGAGAGGGACGGAAGCAAUGCUGUUACUUUGUUCUGCAGUGUCAAGUGGAAACAUAACCACCCUUUUUACACAUGCACCUGUUAAGAAAUGAUCAGUGAGAACUAUUAAAUCCCCUUGGAUUGAUGAUGAAUUGAAAAAAAAUGUUAUGGUUAGAAUACGUUUGCAAAAGAGUUGGCAAACAAGUCAGGCUGCUCAGGUGAUUGGUUGACAUACUGUAAAUUGAGAAAUAUUGUGACUAAACUUAACAAAAAUAAGAAAUUAUAUUACCAAACCAAAAUAAAUGACAUAAGACACAUUGGAAAUCCAAUUCAUCUCCAUCAUUCAUUGAAGGUGGUGGGCCAUUUAUAACCUUUCUAUAUUGCCAAUAAUUUCAAGUGGAAAAACUCAGAAGUGAAAUGACAACAUUGAAAAGUGAACCAACAUAUUUUUGUAUAAAAGGUCUAAAAAUGAAAGAAAAUGAUUUCUGUUUUGGUCAAGUUAGUGUGGGAGAGGUGAACAAACUAUUGUUAUCCAUCAAUAAUGAUAAGCCACCAGGUAUAGACAACUAUUGAGAAUGGUAGCAGACUGUAUUGCCACCCCUAUGUGGUAUAUAUUUAACCAAAGCCUAAAUGAGUGUGUGUGUCCACAGGCGUGGAAGUAAGCAAUUCCACUUCCUAAAAAUAGUAAAGUACCCUUUGCUGGCUCUAACAGCCGCCCAAUCAGUUUGCUGCCUGUUCUUAGUAAACUGAUGGAGAGAAUUGUGUUUGACCAAAUACAAUGCUAUUUUUCAGAUAAAAAUAUUUUCAACAUGCAUAUAGAAAAGGGCACUCAACUUGUACUGCACUGACUCAGAUGACUGAUGAUUGGUUAAAAUAAAUGGAUAAUAAGAUAAUAGUUGGAGCUGUAUUGUUAGAUUUCAGUGCAGCCUUUGAUGUUAUUGAUCAUAAAUUGUUAUUGAAGAAAUUCACUUGCUAUGGCUUUAUAUCACCUGCCAUCACAUGGUUGGAGAGUUAUUUAUCAAAUAGAACCCAGAGAGAGUGUUCUUCAAUGGAAGCUUCUCUAACAUCAGGUAUGUACAGUGCGGUGUCCCUCAGGGCAGUUGCCUUGGGCCGUUACUCUUCUCUAUUCUUUACACCAAGCUAGAAUGACUAUGAAUGCGGAUGAUUCCACACCAGUGGAGGCUGGUGAGGGGAGGACAGCUCAUAAUAAUGAAUGGAAUGGAGUGUAUGGAAUGGUAUCAAACACAUAGAAAACAAGGUGUUUGAUGUGUUUGAGACCAUUUCAUUUAUUCCCCAUUUUAAGUACCACCAGCCAUCACGGUUCCAUACUCUACAUGUCAGCACCCAAAGCCAGUGAGCUCACUGAAAUUCUAAAUAAGGAGCUACAGUCAGUAUCAGAAUGGGUGAUUAAUAAUAAACUGGUCUUAAAUGAAUCUAAAAACUAAAAGCAUUGUAUUUAGUUCCAAACAUUCUCUAAGACCUAAACCUCAACUGGAGUUGUGCAUAAAGGGUGUGACCAUUGAGCAAUUCGAGGAAAUUCAACUACUAGGUAUAACAUUGGAUGGUCAAUUAUCAUGGUCAAAUCAUAUUGACAAAGUUGUUGUGAAGAUGGGUAGGGGUAUGUCUGUUAUAAAAGUAUAUUUUGCGUGUCUGACACAAAAAUCAACUGUACUAGUUGUUCAGGAUCUGGUCUUGUCCCAUCUUGAUUACUGACCGGUAAUAUGGUAAAGUGCAGCACUCAAUGCUAUCUACUGCCUUGUAAAUUGCUGUACAUUCUGCUUAUAGUACUUGGGCAACAUUCACGAUUAUGAACAUAGAUAUACACUGAGUAUACAAAACAUUAGGAACACCUGCUCUUUCCAUGACAAAUACUGACCAAGUGAAUCCAGGUGAAAGCUAUGAUCCCUUAAUGAUGUCACCUCUUAAAUCCACUUCAAUCAGUGUAGAUGAACGGGAGGAGACAGGUUAAGAAGGAUUUUAAAGCCUUAAGACAAUUGAGACAUGAAUUGUGUAUAUAUGCCGUUCAGAGGGUGAAUGGGCAAGACAACAUUUUUAAUUGCUUUUGAAUGGGGUAUGGUAGUAGGUGCCAGACGCACCGGUUUGAGUGUGUCAAGAACUGCAACGCUGUUGAGUUUUUCACGCUCAACAGUUUCACAAAUGAUCGACCACCCUAAGGACAUCCAGCAUUCCUGUGGAACGCUUUCGACAUCUUGUAAAGUCCAUGCCCAGAUGAAUUGAGGCUGUUCUGAGGGCAAAAGGGGGUGCAACUCAGUAUUAGGAAGGUGUUCCUAAUGUUUUGUACACUCAGUGUAUAUUGGACAUGGUCUUCCGAGCAUAACUGUUACAUAACUGUGAUCCACUUUGCAUCCUCAUCAAUCAAUCAAUCAAAUGUAUUUUAUAAAGCCCUUUUUGCAUCACAAAGUGCUUAUACAGAUACCCCAAAGAGCAAGCAAUACAGAUGUAGAAGCACAGUUGCUAGCAAAAACUCUUUAGAAAGGCAGAAACCUAGGAAGAAACCUAGAGAGGAACCAGGCUCCGAGGGGUGGCCAGCCCUCUUCUGGCUGUGCCGGGUGGAGAUUAUAAGAGUGCAUGGCCAUUAAGGCCAGAUCACUCUUAAAGAUGAAUCAUUCUUCAAACCUUCAUAGAUGACCAGCAGGGUGAAAUAUAAUCACAUUGUGACCAUACUAGAUCAUACUAGUAAUCAUACUAGAGAAAUUAAGUCCAUUUAGCUAAUGUACAGUAUUCAUCACAACUGAUGUACCACCAUCACAAAGAAUCAGCAACAUUUAGAUUGAUUACUGAGUGUCUGUUUUUUAAGAAUAGUUGUGUGUAGUGGAGUGUUUGAGCAUUGAUUUCUUUUGAAAAGCAGACAUCUGACUCUGGUGUCAAUACUUCUAUCUUAUGCCCUGAUAGGAAAUCCAAAAUAUCUUUAUUAAACAAAUGAUUGGAAGCUAGCCUGGGAUGGUGGUUAGCUAGGCCAAAUAUCAGACAUCUUUGUAGGGAAAAUUGGCAAUAACAAGCCCAAUGAAACAGCACAUCAACUUUAAAAACAUCAGACUGACUUCAAUCUGCAUCAAUCUUUUACUGCUCUCCAAAUUAAUAGAGAUAAAGAUUACUGAUGUGUGUGAUGUGUAUGAUGAAAAUUGUGUAUGAUAUAAUUUCACUAUUCAUUAUUAAAUGAGACUUGCCAUAUGGCAUCUAGUGCUCUUCUAGACACGUCUUCAUGUUGCUCUAAUAAGCCAUGAUGGUAAAUUGGCCCCUAGUCUUCUGUUAUUGUAAUGUGUUUUUUGAGACGUACUAUACUGAUGUUAUGUGUCUGAAAUUGUAUUACGAGUGCAGCAUUGCAUUUAUAAGGCUAUCAUCACUAAAAAUAGAAUUUUCUUGUUGUUGUGCACGUUACUCUGGCUAGUUGAACGUUACACAGGCUAGUUUUGUCUCAGCUACAGUAUUGUAUGUCAUACCUACAUAAGCAUGCGGUGUAAGUAGAAUGUACAAUAUGACAUGCAUUUCUAGCAUGCAGUUGGAAAAGCGGUGCUGUUUUCAUGCUUUCUACUGACAGAUAACCUAAUGUCACUGUGUCCAACUGUACUCUUAAAUAUUAUCAACCUUCUGAUCUAAGGCCAUACAUAGUGAGAUAGAGAGUGAAGCUCUGUGUGUGAACAGGGUUGUUUCAGAUUCACAUGUCCUCUUAGAGGAAGUUCACAUUCACAACUGAUAGUGAUAAUCGAAACGCAGUACAAACAGCACAGCACCCAUAGUGAUAUGAAAUCCAUUAUCCAAUACAUACAGUACACCUCAGUAUCAGGUCUCUGUUAGUGUUCUGUCGCUAUCGUUUUGAAGUCAAUGUCGGGAUAUGUUUAUGUAACCGGUCCCAGCUCUAGAAUGAAGAGGGAUAUGUUGUUCACUGUGUUUCAGGCAAGAGCAGGAAGACAUCUCGCUCCAUCCACUCCUCUGCGGGCCUCCAGUCCCCAGACUACCCCACCCUUCCCAUGACCCAGUCCACUGAGGCACUGCAGCAGAGCAAGAUGGAGCGCACAGUCAACUUCACCAAGCACUUCUUCCUCAAGCCCACCUUGAGGGGCUUCAGCAUGCUGGGGCUGAGGAAGGGCCCCCGCCAGACCCCCAUGCCGGCCAGUCUCAGCUGUGAGGACCUGGACGGGCCACCGGAGGCCACCGGCCCCCAGGCCUGGAAGAGAUCUCACUCCCUGGGGGACCUCCACUGGGAACAGGCCUUCGACCAGAAGAAGGACCAGGAGGCCAAGCCCGCUAAUGGUGGCUCCAAGUUGGGCACCAGCAGCCCGGUGAAGGGCCUUCAGGCUCAUGGAGAUGGGGGUUCACCACCGGCUCAGAAUUGGGGGAGUGCUGUGAGCCCUAAAUGGCAUUCUGACCUCCCCCCUGUACCCUCCCAGCUGCCCCUCAGACCACCCUGUCCCAUCGCCUUGCUCCCCCAGCCCCAGGAGAGCCUGCCCAACCCGAUCUCCAGCCCUCCUGAACCCCAGCUGGGGGAGAGGAGCAUCCGGACUCACCCCAAAAAGCCCCCAGUGCCCCCUCCUGUUCCAAUCAAGAAGUCCAAGGAGCGCCUAGCCAAUGGGAUGCGCCACCCCUCUCUUGUCCUCUCCUCCCCCACUCAUUCCUAUACCUCCACCCCCACAAACUCUCAUCCCCCCAGCCCUGUCAUCAGCAACCCCAGUCCCAGGGCUCCAGCCCUCCCCAGUAAGGCCUCUAGUACCCCUGCCUCCCCCUCUCCAGCCAGCCCUACUCCAGCCUCCCCUGCCUCCACCGCCACUGCCUCUCCAGAGCCAGAGGAACCAGGCACCCCCCCAGCCGUGCCCCCUCCCUGGCUGUCUGACCUGCCCGAGUCGGCCUGCCCUCAGGCUCAGAUCCAGGGGGGUGGUGGCAAGAUGACGGUGGCCAGGAAGGUGUCCCAUGUUAAGACGGCCGUUGAUCUCCACAAUGUGCUGGAGCAGAGACUGGAGGCCGAGGGCAUUGACCUCACAGAGGAACCCUACUCAGACAAGGUCAGUUACCACCACAACCUGCUACCAUGAUUAUGUACCUGUUAUUACUGUGUAGAAUACACACACACACCCAUCCACCACCUCCUAAAUCUCACUCACACUCGCUCAAGGUGUGAGUGAGAUUGGGGGGGUUAUAUAGCACACACAUGGAUGUGGGUAUGCUUCAUUAUAUGUUCAUUAUAGUAUAUUUUGUUCUCUAGAGUGCAUUAAAAAUAUGCAUUUUGGAUGGUGUCCGUAUUGAUCAUGUCCGUGCUUAUAAAUAUCUGGGCAUUAGAUAUUUGUCAAUCAGAAGGAUAGAUGAAAAGCUGUCUUUGAAAAGGCAUAUUGAUGAGUUAGUUAAGAAGCUGAGAAUGAAAAUGGCCUUCUGCUAUAGAAAUAGAUCCUGCCUCUCGCUAAAUAGUAGAAAGCCGAUUAUUCCAUUGACGUUCCUAUCGGUCCAAGACUAUGGCGACAUCAUCUAUAUGAACACAGCUGCCACUUCAUUAAAGCCGUUAGAUGCAGUUUAUCAUAGCGCACUGCACUUUAUUAUGGGUGACAGUUUUAGUACUCAUUACUGCAUUCUCUACCAGAAAGUUGGUUGGUCCUCUUUGAUGUCACGUAGGUUGAUACAUUGCUAUGCUUUCAUGUAUAACGCCCUUUUACAAAAUUCCCACUGUAACUAACAUCAUUAAUAAACUUUAGACUUAUGAGUUACCACACCCAGUCUCAGGGAUGGCUAACUCUGGAAAUUCCUUUGGUCUCUACUGAGUUAGGUAAAUCAGCUUUUAGUUUUCUUGCACCUAUUUUGUGGAACAAUCGUCAAAAUGUUCUUAGAUUUGAUGUUUUGGUGCUUCUAGGGAAAUUCAGAAAGCUGAUUGAGGACCUUAUUACUGAUUAAUGUGUUUGUUUUUUAUGACCGUAUUUUUCUUUCUGCUUGCAUCUUGUAUUUAUAUUUAGAUUUUCUGUCAUUUCUGUAAUUCAGGGCUCAUCUGUUAAAGAGACAUUGUUCUCAGUAUGACUCCCUGAUAAAAUAAAGGUUAAAUAAAUAAAUAAAAUGUAGAUAAUCUUACACCCGUACAAAUGAAAGAAAGCACUUUAAUAAACGGUGCAGAUUGGGUCACAAGUGAUGAGGACUUUCCCACUAACUCUGUGUGAGAAAGUACAUUAUAAGUCAGAAAAGGAGUCCAGUAAAUGAGGUCAAUAAAUACAUUAUUAGAAGCGUUAUGUUGUGUUUUUGUCUCCUGGCCGUCAAGGCCUUUUGAUUCUGUGUUGUAAUGUGCAUUAGGCUACUGGACUCAGACAUAACCAGACUGGACCCUGUAUCCUGUCAAAUGGCACCCGCUUCCUGCCAACAAUAGCAGUGGACCAUACGGGGGGGGAGGGAGGGAGGGAGGGAGAGGGAGAGGGAGAGGGAGAGGGAGAGGGAGAGGGAGGGAGAGAGAGAGAGAGAGAGAGAGAGAGAGAGAGAGAGAGAGAGAGAGAGAGAGAGAGACACUAACAGCUUGACAAUGACAGGGGAAAAUCUUCUGUGGGCAGACGAGUGAUAGCCUGUUAAGUUUACGGGGCUGAAACUCAGUGAAGGCAGGCGGGUUGAGGUUAUUAAACACUCAUACACCAUGCCAGAGCCCGAGUUGUGCACACACACACAAACACACACACACCGAGCCCUGCUCUUUAAUAUGGAGCUCCAUCUCUGCCAGGUUAACCACAGACAGGCUCUGAGGCUGGGCUGGGCUGGGCUGGGGCCGGGGUGAGAAAUACACUACAUGACCAAAAGUAUGUGGACACUUGCUCGUCGUACAGGCCUGGCUCGCAUUCGGCAUUCCAAUUAAUCCCAAUGAAUCGCUUUGUGCACGGGGGCAUUGUCAUGCUGAAACAGGAAAGGGCUUUCCCCAAACUGUUGCCACAAAGUUGAAAGCACAGAAUCGUCUACAAUGUCAUUGUAUGCUGUAGCGUUAAGAUUUCCCUUCACUGGAACUAAGGGGCCUAGCCCGAACCUUGAAAAACAGUCCCAGACCAUUAUUCCUCCUCCACCAAACUUUACAGUUGGCACUAUGCAUUGGGGCAGGUAGCGUUCUCCUGGCAUCCGCCAAAUCCAGAUUUGUCCGUCGGACUGCCAGAUGGUGAAGCAUGAUUUAUCACUCCAGAGAACGCGUUUCCACUACUCUAGAGUCUAAUGGAGGUGAGCUUUACACCACUCCAGCUGAUGCUUGGCAUUCCACAUGGUGAUCUUAGGCUGGUGUGUGGCUGCUCGGCCAUGGAAACCCAUUUCAUUUUCAUGUGCAAAUUUUUUUUACGCGGAGUGGGAGAGCCAAACUCCGGCGUGCUCCGACUCCUACCAAUUCACCCGGGAGCUACGCAAGGUGUUCGACACCUCUCGGGUGGUGUCGGGGCACGAGGCUAGGAGGCGGCUCGCGGCCUGUCGACAGGGUGACCGUUCGGUGGCGGACUACUCUGUGGAGUUCCGGACCCGGGCUCGAGAGGCACCCCUGGCUGGUCGCCUUCAAACCCCGGAUAGACUGGUCCACGGGGAGGCUCAUCCUGGAGGGAGGCUCCGCCCCCAUCCUGUUCCGGUCUCCACCGACCACUCAUCAGCCCAAACCACCGUCCCAGACCACCUACCAGUCCUCACCUCUUCCCCAGGUCCCGCACUCCAAAUCGCCACCUGGGUCUAUCUGUUCACCUGUGUAUUUAUGCCCUCACUUCCCUGUGUUCACUUCCCUGUGUUCCCUUGCUCAGUUUUCUCUGCUAGUUUCUUGUGUCAAGCAGUACGAAUCAGUGUCUGAUCACGAGACGGUACUUGAGAAGUGUUCUCCCUGUUCCAUUGUUGUUUUCAGUCAGCCUGUUUUUGGAGACCAAUUUGCGCCUCCUUUAUUUUUACGUGAUAAGUCCGUUAUUUUGUAUCCUGGCUUUGGGACCACCAGUAAAGAUCCUUGUUUCACCAUCUUUGCUUACUGCCUACUAUCCUGCACCGCACCUGGGUCACACCUCACAUCAACCCUUACAAAUGAGGAUUAAUGCUGCAGUGCAGUGUCACUCUCCGAACACUAGGGGUGUAGUGUUGGGAGUAGGGCUAUGCUAGGGUCAGACAGGACACUUGGCUGUGUCCACAUCAACAUACACCCCUGCAUCUCUCUAUUCCUCCACUCUAGGUGGCCUCCGGUCCAGUUUGGCUGGGUUGUCCUGGACUGGCUGGAGACUGGCUGGACACUAACCAUGACUCCAGGGGUCUGGAGCGUUUUGAGAGAGAUGUUUUCAAAGUUUUUCCCCACAGAAUUCCCUUGUAUUCUCUCUUCAUGCAUAGUAAUCAACCAUUGGCUAGUCUAAUCUACUUAUGACAUGUUAUGGGAUCUCCCGCAUCAUUUGUGUGUCUCUGUCUCUCUCCUUUUUGAGACAGUUUUCUUAAAACAUUACUCUCCCUCAGCGGUCUAUCCUUUAAAUAUGAAUUUAUCUCCCAGCCAAUGGGCUCGUCAGUUUGCCAGUGUUUUGACUCGUUAUUUCACAUUAUUAGUCUGCUUCAUUCUCUCAUAAACAGACAGAAACUGGGCCUCUCCAGCCUCAUAAUGUUCAAAUUAGCAAAUAAAAAAAUAAGUAGGAGCUAGCUCCUACUUCAUCCCUAGUCUCUGAGCUGUUCUAAAACAUGCGGUUCUUGUAGAGGUUUAGGUUGACUGUAGUCAAUAAAUGUGCAGAGUAGGGUUUUGGUCUCACUGCAUCUUGUGUUUUGGUCUAUGACUUUAUGGUCUUGACAGGGGCUAACAGAUAUAUUUAUUGAAACGGAGAGAGAGAACGAAGUCACUAUGGUUUCUGAUUGGCUUGUCUUAUCUGGGCCUAUACAGGAGAGAUUCCCCUGUUUCUUUCAAAUAUGGAUUUAAUGUUUCCCUGCGUAGCAACCCAGAUGUACUCCAGGUUUACUCCAGGUCAUGGUUACUUAGAGUUUUCAUGGUUUGGGGUUUUAGUAGAUAAGUGUGAGUUGUUGUGCCCCCAGGUAGAGGGUCUCUCUUUCUCCAUCAGUAUGGUGGCAAUGAAAACCACAUCUCCCAAUGUGCAUGAGUUUCCAUGCCAAUAUGUUUUGAGUGUGUUUGCAUGUGCGCACGUUUGUGUGUGUGUGUGUGUGUGUGUGUGUGUAUACGUGUGUCUGUGUGUCACUAUCCUCACUCAUCCCCAGUUUCUCUCCCUCUGUCUCUCUCCAUUUCUCCCUCCAUCCAGCAUGGAAGGUGUGGUAUCCCCCAGCCCCUUGUGCAGCGCUACAGUGAAGACCUGGAGCAGCCAGUGAAAGAUGUGGCCCGCGCCAUAGACCAGGUUCGCGUCAAGCAGCUCCGCAAGCAGCACCGCAUGGCUGUGAGUACUGUACUGCACCACUAUCUGUCUGUCUGCUAGGCUUUAUUGGACAGAUUCAAUAAGCAUUUAGCUACAUGGUCACCAGGGCAAUGAUGGGGCCUGUUAUUUUCAGAUGACACGUUUAAGGUGUCAUUACUAUGUUUUAUGUAUUAUCAUUUUUAUUAUAAUUUAUUAUUACACAAAAUUCCUGAAUGUUUUUACCUGUAUUCCUCAGAUCCCGUUUGGAGGUUUAACAGAGAUGUGCAGGAAGCCUCUCUCCCCGGGUCACAUGAGCACCGUCUCUGAUUGGCUGGUGUCCAUCGGCCUGCCCAUGUACGCCACGCCCCUGGAGAAGGCAGGAUAUGACACGUUGGGGCAUGUGUCAUCUCUCACGGAGAGCGGCGUGUGGGAGGCGGGGGUGCGGGACGAGAGGCAUGCCCGUAGACUGGUCAGCGAAGCCCGAUUGGUCAGCGCACCCAGAGACGCACAGUCGUAA